CGAUGUUUGCGAAUAGUGAACAUUAAAUUAAUGAAUUAAAGUACAAAAUGAUAAAAAGUAAUAACUUGAUACGCUUAAUCUUUACAGGCUCCCCCGGACAGCAGGCCAACAUCAGAGAAGGACACAAAGAAGAGCCUCCCUCGACGUGAAGAGCCGCAUCAGGAGUCAGCCAUGGAUGAACAGCAGGAGUACCAGACGAACGUAUCACGAUGCAGGGACGGAGCACCAGAAAUCCAAUAAUAGCAGGAGUGCAUCUGGAGCAGUCCGCAGCGCCGCAUCAUACAGGAGUCGUCGGCUCCCCCGGACAGCAGGCCAACAUCAGAGAAGGACACAAAGAAGAGCCUCCCUCGACGUGAAGAGCCGCAUCAGGAGUCAGCCAUGGAUGAACAGGAGUACCAGACGAACGUAUCACGAUGCAGGGACGGAGCACCAGAAAUCCAAUAAUAGCAGGAGUGCAUCUGGAGCAGUCCGCAGCGCCGCAUCAUACAGGAGUCGUCGGCUCCCCCGGACAGCAGGCCAACAUCAGAGAAGGACACAAAGAAGAGCCUCCCUCGACGUGAAGAGCCGCAUCAGGAGUCAGCCAUGGAUGAACAGCAGGAGUGCCCAGACUCACGCAGAACGACGCAGGGACGGAGCACCAGAGAUCCAAUAAUAGCAGGAGUGCAUCUGGAGCAGUCCGCAGCGCCGCAUCAUACAGGAGUCGUCGCGUUGUGAGGCAGCAGCGAAGCCACUGCAGGUAAUAGGCAGACACCUCGACAAAUAUUAGCGAGAGUUCGCAGUGUUAACGGCAGGCGGCAGAAAUCGCGCUGGAUAUUAUUUUAAUGUUUU